AGUAACUUUGUCCUGGGUAAUGCUCAGGUGCAGUCCCUCUACCCUAUCGUCUACUGUUCUGAUGGCUUCUGUGAGCUGACCGGCUACGCCCGCGCCGAGCUGAUGCAGAAGAGCUGCGCGUGUCAUUUCCUGUACGGGCCGGAGACCAGCGACCAGCUGACGGCGAAGAUCCAAGGGGUGUUGGACGACAGGGGGGAGUUUAAGACAGAGCUGGUGUUCUACAAGAAGGGAGGUGAGAGACUACAGGGUGUAUCCCAAAUAACACCCUAUUCUCUAUAUAGUGCACUACUUUUGACCAGAGGCCUCAUAGGUAGGGAAUAGGGUGGCAUUUCAGAUGAAACCAGGAAGGUGAGAAACAGAGAGACAGUUGGUCACACCCUAGUCACCAACAUUGCCUUAUAGGUUCCUGAGAAUGAAGCAGCGAACGUUGUGUGUGUGUAUUGGGAGGGGGGUAGGUGUGUAUGUGUGUGUGUCUGUGCGUACGCGAGCGUGAGAGAGAGUUGUCACUGAUGACUCAGGGAAAGAAGACAAAUCAACAAUUUAUGUAGUGUAUCAAUAAAUCUGUGCUUUUAUUGAUGAGAGCGAAUAGGACAGAGAUUGAUGAGACGGACAGCGGCGACAGGGAACUGGGCCAUAGGACACAUCAUAUUUGAGGAUAAGGAAAGAACUGACAUUGAAGAGAAGACCGAUUGGUUUUAGACAGGACAAAGUCGGAAAACUAGCUUGGCUGGGAACAGGGCUAGACAGCUGCUACUGGGAGAAAUAAGCCUUAAACAAAGACAAGCACAGCCAAAUGGAGGACAGUCUCAGUGAGACUUAAAAAGACAAAUUAAAGGUUGUUUUGCGCUUUAUUGGCACUGCAUAUGCAUACAUUAACAUUUUACAGCCCUCUGGGGUAGGAGAAGAGAGAAGAAACAAAUGUAGUAACGUUUUGUGAAUUCCGUCGUCAAGGCGUGUGUGCGUGUGUGUGUGUGUUUGUGUGUGUGUGUGUGUGUGUGUGUGUGUGAGAGAGUGUACGUGUGUGUGUGUGUGUGUGUGUGUGUGUGUGUGUGUGUGUGUGUGUGUGUGUGUGUGUGUGUAUACUUGCUUGUGUCCUCACGACACAACUUGAGCCUCCAGAAUGAUUCAAGGGUUAUUAAGCCCUGUCCCUCAUCCUCUGGUCCAGGUCCAUAUUCACACAGUGUGUUGAACACCAUGUAAUCCAGCUAAUGUCAUCCACCAAUCCACCCACCUGAAACAGAGAGAACAGCAUUAACCAUAACAGCCGUGUAAUAGGACUCUUUCUCUAUGAAUAUGAGGCUGUUUUAUCUUGAUUAUAUCAAUUUAUGUACAACCACAACAUGUCCUCCCGCAUCAAACAGUGUUACGUGACUUUGUCAGGGUUGUUUUUAAAGUUCCAGUUGAAUCACUGAAAGGCAGAGUGGCAAUAAAAGCAUGAUAAAGAAUCCUUGCAUCCGCACCAGGGGCCUCGUUUAUAACCGUUGAGUACAUUUCACACUAAAUUUAUGCGUGCGGCAUUUCUGAAAAGUCUGCAAACGCACACAAAAUAUUGAGAUUUAUCAAAUUGCCGCAUGUCAUACAUGCGCAUGUUUCCCGUUAUAAAUCAGACCUGUCAUAAAACUGUUCACCCAUGAACGAGCAUUAAAACUCUGCCUGGAAAGCGCCCUCCAUUCACCUUUUAUGGUGACAAUAAUACCCUUGAUUUGCUGUAUAGGCCUAAUUUGGAACUAUUGGCAUUAGGCCACGGGUUUUGGAAGAUUCAAAGACAACAGUUAUUCGCUGUGGUGUAAGUCCCUAGAGGAUGCAAUCAGUGUAUGGUCAGCUGUGUGCUUAUGGAAUCCCUACUUCGCUUCAAUAGUGAAUGCUAUGGGGCUCAAUAUGGUCUCAGUGUUGUGCUUAUCAUAACAGGUUGAAUAUUGCCUGCCAGCACCUUCAUGUAGUUGAUGGUGAUUGAUUAGUCAAAUUAUGGAAUAAUUAAUCACCUCACCUGAGCAAAGCCUUACCUCACCUGAGCAAAGCCUGGAGGAGGCUAAUUUAUGCCUGACACACACCAUCAUUAUACAUCAUCUUUGUCAUUGUCUUCAUCACCACCACUGCCACCAUCAUCAUCAUCAUCUGUUUUAACCAUGAACACAGUAUGACAGCGAGAUAAUAAAACCAAAAAACCAAGAAGAAGAACAUCUGUCUCAUCAUUGCAGUUACAUCAUAGGGGUCAUUCAUACGGGCACAGAAGACAUCAAACUGUUUUUUACCUUAUUUUUAAAGCUGCCCAGAGAGGACGUUGUUUUUAUGGGCAGAGGCAACUCAUUCCACUCUGAGGCUCCAGUAUACAAGAAAGUACCUUUCCCAGCAUUACUCCUGAACCUGUAUAAGCACACAUUAGCAACACCUGAUUUGGUGCUGUGAUUGUGUGCAUCCCUAACACAGGGAAAGUAUUUAGUGUAAAUAGUCACAGUGUGAGGAGAGAGACUCACAGACCUGUAUGACCUGGGUCAGUCUCUUCUCUUCUGACUUCACACCUCUACACAUGAUCUCUUCUGUCACUCUCCUGCCUGCCUGCUAAACAUCUGGGAGGAUAUAGCAUGGCUCACCUCUCACUGCCAGUCACAACCAGGGGUGACAGUAGAUUUGAUUUCUUCCCGGUACGGGACCUCUUAUGUGUGCACAUACUUUAAAAAUGUAUUAUCUUUUAAUGUGGCAUAAACACAACCAGCAGUGAUGGUUUCCUCUGAUUGUUAAACAAAAGGCUCCAUUGAGUCUGGCUACCUGCGCACGUUCGUCCACUCUAGAAGAAUUCCCACAUCCAUACAGUGCACUGUGCACCUGGAACCUGGAACAAGACAUCUGUUACAAAACACCAAAAGGUUUAAUGAAUGACAUUCGGCAAUUGUCAAAUAGGGCUACGCUUUUGAGCUGAAUUGAUGCGUCCACUGCUCUCCGCGCGCGUCUCGGCCACUCAUUUCUGCCUUGGCAAAAUGUCACCGUUGUUUUCUAACCUCACCGCAUUUUGGAUCGUACUUCCACGGGUUUUCAAGUCCAUUCACUCUGACACUGACAUGCGCUAAUGAUAAAUAAUAGUGUAGUCUUUUCAUCCUUGUUUUAAUUAUUGUGAUAGGCUCAUUUUUUACUGGUACGGUGUACCCCCACUAUUUAUUUUGUUGGUACUCUGUACCGGACCGUUCCGACUUGCUUUCACCCCUGGUCACAACAACCAAUACAGUAUGGUAAAGAAAGGGGGAUUCAAAUAAAAUAAAAUCAAAUUGUAUGUGUCACAUGCGCCGAAUACAACAGGUAUAGACCUUACCGUGAAAUGCUUACUUACAAGCCCUUAAGUAUUGUAUGGAUUGUUAGGUUCUAAACAAACAGAGUAAAAACUCAAACGGAUGACUAGAAAACAUUUAUUCACACACUUGGUCAAACAGCUGCUAAGACAAAGACAUGUUUACACAAGCACAUACACUACCGUUCAAAAGUUUGGGGUCACUUAGAAAUAUCCUUGUUUUCGAAAGAAAAGCAAUUUUGUUGUCCAUCAAAAUAACAUCAAAUUGAUCAGAAAUACAGUGUAGACAUUGUUAAUGUUGUAAAUGGCUAUUUUAGCUGGAAACUGCAGAUUUUUAAUGGAAUAUCUACAUAGGCAUACAGAGGCCCAUUAUCAGCAACCAUCAGUCCUGUGUUCCAAUGGCACGUUGUGCUUGCUAAUCCAAGUUUAUCAUUUUAAAAGGCUAAUUGAUCAUUAGAAAACCCUUUUGCAAUUAUGUUAGCACAGCUGAAAACUGUUGUGCUGAUUAAAGAAGCAAUAAAACUGGCCUUCUUGAGACUAGUUGAGUAUCUGGAGCAUCAGCAAUUGUGGGUUCGAUUACAGGCUCAAAAUGGCCAGAAACAAGUAACUUUCUUCUGAAAUUCGUCAGUCUAUUCUUGUUCUGAGAAAUGAAGGCUAUUCCAUGCGAUAAAUUGCCAAGAAACUGAAGAUCUCAUACAACGCUGUGUACUACUCCCUUCACAGAACAGCGCAACCAGAAUAGAAAGAGGAGUGGGAGGCUCCAGUGCACAACUGAGCAAGAGGACAAAUACAUUAGGUGUCUAGUUUGAGAAACAGACGCCUCACAGGUCCUCAACUGGCAGCUUCAUUAAAUAAUACCCGCAAAACACCAGUCUCAACGUCAACAGUGAAGAGGCGACUCCGGGAUGCUGACCUUCUAGGCAGAGUUGCAAAGAAAAAGCCAUAUCUCAGACUGCCCAUCUUAAUCUUUUAUUUUUAUUGGCCAGUCUGAGAUAUGGCUUUUUCUUUGCAAUUCGCCUCUUCACUGUUGACGUUGAGACUGCUGUUUUGCGGGUACUAUUUAAUGAAGCUGCCAGCUGUCAACUCCUUGCACAUCUAGACAUUCAAUACAUCUCUGUUGCUAGUCAGGAACUUAAUUAGUUCCUCUUACUGGUAUAGUCAUGUCCCCACCUCCUGCUAGAACCUUUGUGUGCAUGUAAGUAUAUGUGUGUAACAGGACUGUUCCUCCUAACUUCAUCUGACCCAUACACCUAGUUCUUAUCCACCCUCCAUUGACCCCAACAUAUUUAUUCCGAUACAUGUAAAGUCAUCAAUAAGUUAUAGUAUGGUAACAUGAAUAAGGAUAUUUCAAGCUAGAAUCCAACAGGAUGUACAUUCAUAAAGUAUGGAUGACAUCAGUUGAAUAGAGACUAGCAAACUAUUUCUCUGGUCUGGUUAGCUCAUUUGUUUUCAUGCAGCCAGCUAGGGCCAAACUCAUUUCACUUUCUGAAUGACCCUUUUGGAACUACGCUUCCUAAAAUGAAAAAGCUUUUAUUCACUAAUAAAGACAUCCUGCAUUUGUCUCUCUCUCCAUCAGUAAUAACUGUGUCUAAUAGAGAAGCUCUAGGCUUUGACAGGGUGCAGAAUAUGAAGCUAGACAUGCACACAACCACACAGCAUUUAAAUGAGUUAGCAAAAUAACAGACAAACGCAUGCGUGAUGCACACAUGCUUGUUUUGAACUAAGACUUGGCAGACCACUUCCAUACACAGAGUGCCCUUCCAGAGACACAAAACAAAAUAAAGUGAGGUAGUGAGAUGUUGUUUUCUGUGUUUUGCUGUUAUUGUAACAUACUGGGCUAGAGCAGUCAGUAGCUUUUCCAAUCUCUACAGGAGAUGGCAGGAGCUUUUCCAAUCUCUACAGACAGCUGGAGAUGAUUUAGUUGUGGGAAUGGACUUUGUAGUAGAAUGACGUGUGCGUGUGUGCGUGAGUGUGUACUUUAAAUAACAUUCUUAGAAUGUUCUCUACAUGUUCUCUGAAUGUUUGUCAAGUUUCUUAAAAGUGCUGAGAAUGUUCCAAAGCCAAGCAUCUAUCCUGCACCAUUCCCAGAAAGUUGUGGGAAGGUUAUAUGCAAAAUAACCAUAGGACAACCAUGCUCUCACCAAGCUCUAAGAAACAUGUGGUUCUCAGAACGUUAUGUGCUAGCUGGGAUGUAUACAUCUUUAUCAGUAUCAUCUCCAUCUCUUUUUGUACCAAUCUGCCACAACAAAUAUUUACCUGAUUCACUGUGUUUUUCUACCAGUAUGUGAGCAGUAGUCUCCUUUCAGAGCCACUAUGCCUCCAGUGAGUGAUAUGCACCUCUAUCUGCGUUCCAGGUACCCAGUUCUGGUGUCUGCUGGACAUCGUGCCCAUUAAGAAUGAGAAGGGAGAGGUGGUGCUGUUUCUGGUGUCCCACAAGGACAUCACUGACAACAAGAAGGACCAGGACCCAGAGCAAGGCCCCGAGACUGGUGAGUUACCCUGGGUUAGACCAGGACCCAGAGCAAGGCACCGAGACUGGUGA